AAAACAAGAUGUCUGCGCCCAUAGUGAAUCGAGAUUGUGCGAAGGUCCUGACAGGCAAGGUGUUUUUGAGCCUUUCUCCCAGCAAUUUGCGUCUCUUAGUUUCCCAGCGGGUUGUCGUAAUAUGUACUGAUGGCAAGACACAAGCUGGAUUGGUAUUUACGGUGGACCCUGUUUCAAAAAGUAUAGUUCUGGUACAGUUCCCAGAUGAGCAAUCAACGAUCACUAAAAUCAUCAUGGGCCAUGCGGUCGAAAGUAUAACUGUAGGAACUGAAGCAAUCACAUCACAGACUGAGCAUCGACUGAGUCAGUUAUUCAGACUAAAUGAUCCACACAAGAAUUUAUCUGAGGAGGAGACGGCCAGACGUAAGACUGAAUUGAAACAGUGGUUGGAGCAGCACCAUAUUCCAGUGACGAUCUCGGGUGAUAAAGGAGAGCUUCUGAAUAUUGCCGAGGCAUUGUACAUUGAACCCCCGUACGGUCUAGACAACUGCAUCAGUGCAAAUGAGAUUAUACUGGGAAGGGUGCAGGCCCUGAUGAAGAACAAACCAGAAAGAUUAGAUACAAAGGAAGUGACUCUCAACGAAGAAGAAACAUGACACCAAGCAGACGUCAAUACUGUAUGGCUGUUUAAAAAACUGCUUGUGUUAAAGAGUACAAUAGUGAAAUCUACACAAUCCAGCAGGAAUUGAACCAAAGCCUCACCUGGAAGGUCUACCCUUGGAGUGAUAAUAAUUAUGCACCUUAGGAUUGGUAGUGCAUUUAAAAGAACCCAGAACACUUGGUGUGGAAGAGUAGGGGUUAACCUCUGUUUCUGGUUCAAAAAUGAGACCAUACUCGGAAGGGUGCAGGCCAGAGAGAUUAGAUGCAAAUGAAGCGACUCUCAAACUCAAUAAGGGAGAAUCGUGACACCAAAUCUGUAUGCUGUUAAAAACUGCUUGUGGUGAAGAGUGCUAUGGUGAAAUCUACACAAUCCAGCAGGAAUUGAACCAAAGCCUCACCUUUGUU